AUGGCUCAAUUGGACUUAACUGUAGCAGACAAUCCUAUUUCAGAAACUGGUGAACUAAUCGAUACCGUACCGAUAGAGAAGUUGCAAAAUGCCACACUGGCACCAUUUUGGUCUCUGAAGGGCUUACGUGCUCGAUGGGCUGAUCCUCUUUUUCGUAAAAUGUUACGAAAUAUCCUUUUAUUAGCAUGGUCAUGGAGUCUCGGUGAAGCGACCAUACCUAUUGGUUGUAUGCUUUUUAUUGGUACUAUAUGGUCUGUGCUUUUACCACUAGCCAUUGAUCGUUUCGGAUAUCGACCACCGCUCUAUAUCGGUGCGUUAAUGGGCAUGACGGGAGCUGCUUUUUGUAUGGUUGCAGCGUGGUAUAAACUCUAUUGGUUAUUAGUAGUCGGAGCCAGUUUUCUUGGUGGACAGGUGCCAUGUACUUUGUACUAUCGUCUGCUUGCAUUACAAUUUUCGACGCAGGAAUUUGCACCAAAAGCGAUUGCAAUGGUCAUCGCCGGUGGUUGUCUGUCCUCGGUUCUUGGGCCAGAAAUAGCCAAACAUACGGUGAAUGCAUUACCAAAGCCAUACAGCGGUGCUUAUUUAACAACAUUAUGUGAAUGUACUUUACUUUUGCUCACUAUGACAAUGAUUCAAUUUCAAGACAUUAAAAAAAAAGAUUAUGCAGUAGUAUCCACUUCGCCAUCAGAGAUGGCCAGUGGUAGUAAUAGUAAAACAAAUCGCUCCGUAUUUGCUAUAGCCAGUCAACGAAUAUUUUUGAUUGCUGCUCUUGGUGGAUUUGUUUCAUGGUCAGCCAUGGCUGUUCAGAUGUCUGCUACUCCAUUAGCGAUGACAGGUGCUGGACACAGUUUCGCUCAGGCAACAACAGCCGUUGAAUAUCAUCUAUUAGGAAUGUUUGUACCCUCGUUUUUCACAGGUACCCUAUGUAAUUGGUUUGGAAGUCGACUCGUCAUGUUGACUGGUUUUCUGGUGCAAUUGACAGGAGCACUUCUAUUUCAACGUGGGCAUAAAGAUAUACGAACGCCAUUGUCAGUUGACGAUACAGAUACAGAAAUUCCAGCAUAA